AGCCGAAAAGAUUGUUUUGGCUCGAGGCGUCUUUCUUCAUUGUUUACUAUUUUACGAGUCAAAUGGCAAAUUGAACGAAUACGAUAUAUUUGCUAUAUCCUCAAAUCACGGCUGACAAUAAUAUGUUAUAUGCGAUUUUUAUACCAUAGCAAGUAAGGAACUUUAAAAUAACAAUCAUGAAUUUAGAGUUACUCGAGUCGUUUGGCCAAAACUAUCCAGAGGAAUUUGAUGGUGCUUUAGACUCAAUAUCCCUGGCAGCAACAUGUGCAUUCAAUAGACGUGGCACUCUCUUAGCUGUAGGAUGCAAUGAUGGCAGGAUAUUCAUAUGGGACUUCCUAACUCGAGGCAUAGCCAAGUCAAUAUCAGCCCACGUAUUCCCUGUCUGCAGCUUGAGUUGGUCGCGAAACUGUAAAAAGUUGUUAUCAGCCUCAACAGAUCACAAUGUCUGUAUAUGGGACGUUCUUUCGGGAGAGUGUGAGCAACGCUACAGGUUCCCAACAGCUAUUCUAAGAGUACAGUUUGAUCCAAGAAACGACAAACGAUUUCUUGUGUGCCCCAUGAGGCAUGCAGCUUUAUUGGUGGAUACCGAUGGUGACCAUAAGAUACUACCUAUAGAUGAUGAUGGUGAUAUCAACGUCAUAGCGUCGUUCGACAGGCGAGGCGACUAUGUGUACACCGGCAAUGCCAAAGGGAAGAUAUUGAUACUCGACCCGCAGACACUGACCGUGAAAGCCAGCUUCAAAAUAACCGUUGGCACAUCCAGUACUACUGGGAUCAAGAGUAUCGAGUUUGCCAGAAGAGGAGACUGCUUCCUCGUGAAUACUUCAGACCGAGUCAUCAGGGUGUACGACACAAACACUGUAGUGAAAUCUGGAAUGAAUGGCGAACCGGAGCCAAUUCAGAAGCUGCAAGAUCUUGUUAACAAAACGACGUGGAAGAAGUGCUGUUUCUCUGGCGACGGCGAAUACAUAUGCGCUGGCUCGGCCAGACAACACGCGCUAUACAUAUGGGAGAAGUCCAUUGGGAACUUGGUGAAAAUCCUCCACGGCACUAAAGGAGAACUGCUGUUGGACGUGGUGUGGCAUCCCAUACGACCCAUCAUAGCCAGCAUAAGCGCUGGAGUUGUGUCAAUCUGGGCGCAGAACCAAGUGGAGAACUGGUCGGCCUUCGCGCCGGACUUCAAAGAGCUCGACGAAAAUGUGGAAUAUGAGGAGCGGGAGAGCGAGUUCGAUGUGGAAGACGAAGACCGCUCGGUGGAUCAGGCUGGCGAAAGCAAAGACGAUGAAGAAGUUGAGGUGGACGUGACAACCUGCGAGGCCGUCGCGGCGUUCUGCAGCUCUGAUGAGGAAGGCGAGGAUGAGAACAUGCUCUCGUUCCUGCCGAUCGCGCCAGAGAUAGAGGAUCCUGAGGACGGCUGGGCGGCCACGCAAGAAACUGUCACGCCUAGUGAGACACCGGAGAUAUUGGAGCCCGCUGCGAAACGACCGAAGAGCAAAACAUACGAGAUUUCACUCAAGGUCACUCCGAAUGAUCAUCCACUACCAUUUGGAGGCAAAAAUAAACAGGCAGCGGGAAAUAAGAAAGUUGCUGGCAGACCUCGAAAAUAAAUCAUAACAAAAAAAUAAUCCAAUGUUUUUCUAUGUAUUUUAAAUUAUAUUUUUUAUCACUUUAUUGCCAAGAUAAAUAAAAAAUAUAUUAUCUUAAUAGUUAACACGACCUACGU